AUGGUUAUCACUCGGUCAAAUAAAUCUACGUCGGUACAGAGCGACGAAGACAGGCGGCGUUACCUAGCUGAGGGCGCGGCGGCAGCUCACCGUGAGGUUGCUCGCGCAGACGCCGGACGGGUUGAGGGCGCCGACGCGGCGCGCCCUCCCCCCACCCCUGCCGAGUCGGUCGACGUAGACAGCGAUCGUCCGCGCGCUCGUAGCGCGGAACCGUUUGGCGCAGCGAGCGCAGUAUCGUCACAGCUCCCGCUCAGGACGGACGACUUCUCGAAGCCACCGAGGACUCCCUCGCAAGACAAUACGCUGCUGUGGAGUAGGGACCUGCACAAGCGCUUACGACGUCUUACGAGGCCCUCACCGAUACCGUCGCGACGCCCGAAAAUGAAGUUUGGGAACGUCGCAACUACGCGGCCGCAGGAAGCUGAUAUGGAGUCGAGCACUCCGUAUGUACCUGCCCGCACUCAAUCCGUGCAUUCAUACGCCAGUACAGUCGUCGAGGCCAGGCUAUCUCAAGCGGAACUCGAGGCAAGCGAACGACUGGCGGAAAUCCAGAGGAAGGAGUUGCGACUCGAAGCCGAUUUAGUAAGAAAAAGGCUACAAGUACGGAAGACGCAGAUUCGAGCGGAAGGAAGUACUACAGACGCAGUCUCAGACUUAGGUGAAAACGAGCCACAGCAACAACGAAGAAUCAUCAAGUGGAUCGAUCAAUCGCAAGAGGACAAGACGCGAACCGAGCCCAUCAACAAGAGGUUAGCCGACGAGCCCCCGCCAGAUUACGAGACUCCCAGGCGACCUACGCGGGACGAGCGGCAUAUGCGACGCCGUUCACCGAGCCGCGAGGAGCGUCGUAGGCGAUCGUUAUCGCCACCAGAUGAGCCCCGUACGCCGCACACGGCGCGUACGCAGCUUACUCAAGAAGGCACAGUAGCGGAGUCAAUGCUGCAGCUUUUCGAGAAAAUGCAAAUGGCGGCUCGCCCGGCACCGAAAGACAUUUUUGAGUUGCCUCACUUCUAUGGGGAUGUAAGCGAGUGGCGGAGUUUCUACAACACCUACACCGAGACAUCGAAGCGAUAUAAAUUUACCGACUACGAGAACGUUGCAAGAUUGCGUAUGGCAUUACGCGGGGACGCGAAGAUGUGCGUGUCACAUGUCCUUUCUACAGCGACUUGUCCAGACAUGGUUAUGCGAAUUUUAAAGAAGCAGUUUGGCAGAAGCGAGGUGCUUUUGGACAAAGCAAUCGAAGACCUACGAAGACUGCCACCGUUGGGGCCGAGCGCGAACGACCUCAACACAUUCGCCAUCAAGAUAAUGAAUAUAGUGUCAACUAUAAUGGAUAUAGACAGACGACACUACGCCGACAAUCCGAUGCUAAUACGAGAAGUAACGGAUCGAUUAUCGCCUCAUCUUAGAAGCAGAUGGUGCGACUACGCGAAGAGGCAUCGCGACACCGACGACCCAGAGAUCCUGCAGCUUGCUGAUUUCCUGAUGGAGGAGAGCGAACAGGAGAUGUCAUUCUGCCAUGCCCGCGCUGCCCCGAGGCGUGCGCAGAUACCGGCAGCAGCACCGCACGCGCGCGCGGCCGGCGCUCGACUGAAUGCACCCGCGUCGCGUUAUCCCCUUCCCGCUACAACAACGAACGCGAAUCGAUACGGCACAGGACAGAAGGUGGCGUAUACGGCGCGUCAAACUAUCGCAACGAAGACUACAUGCCUGUACUGCGGCGGCGGUCAUGCUACACCGGACUGUCGCAAACUGGCUGCGCAGAGUAUAAGCGCGAGAUGGGAAUGGGCGAAACUCAACAGAAUUUGCUUCAGAUGUAUGGACGCGAAACAUCUCAAGUCACAAUGCAAGGCGAAAGGAUGCGGCGUGGUAGGCUGCCCACACGCGCAUCAUCGAUUGCUACAUACCGAGCCCACUCAAGCGAACGACGAAGCUACAAUGGCGGUAGCUCAAUCGACACAGCGAGCGGUCGCCCCACCGAGAGUGACGUCAUCGUUUGCGGCGGCGGAAACAGAGCCGCGGCCUACAGAACGAGAGGACAACGACCCACGCGUCUACGUGUCAUCGACCCCGAAUUUCAACGUAUUGCUGAAAGUACUGCCUGUAACAGUUACAGGGCCGAAAGGGACGGCUCAAAUAUUUGCCUUUCUAGACGACGGAUCUACGCUGUCUAUGAUAGAUCAAGAUGUUGCGGACGAGAUAGGAGCGAUCGGCGAAGAUGAGCCCCUCUGUAUACGUGGAAUACGGAAUCUCAAGCACACAUCGAUUACGCAAACAGUGAAGGCGAAGGUGGGCCCGCUACGGGGAGGCACUAUGCACGAUAUCGUCGUGAAAACUGUAGAAGGCUUGGGAAUCAGAUCACAGUCACUGAAUAAAGCCGAGUUGAUGAAAUACAAGCAUCUGGAAGACCUAGGCGACGAGUGCUACGUAGGUACUGGAGUUCCACAGAUGUUGAUCGGAGGUGAUUUUUGUCACUUGAAGACCCCAAUAGAGAUCAGGCAGGGCGGCAAGGACGAGCCGUGCGCCAUGAAGACUCCGUUGGGUUGGGCGUUCUUUGGACGAAUGCCACGAAUAAUACGCACCGUCGAGCAAACAGUACUUCACUGCCGUAUGGACGACGAAGACGACUUGAAUGAACAAGUUAAGAAGCACUGGUCCAUCGAGGCGUUAGGCGUAACGCAAAAGGAUAAUGUGAGUCCGAGCGAUCAGCGAGCAAUCGACAUUUUCGACUCUACGGUACGAAAAACUACAGGAGGCCGGUACGAGGUUGGUCAACUAUGGGCGUCUGACAACGUGAAGUUGCCACCGAGUUAUGCAAUGGCGUUAUCGAGGCUGCAUAACUUAGAGUCGAGAAUGCGACGCGACAAGGACUUCGCUGAAGACUACGAGGCCCAAAUUCAGAAACUGUUGAAAAAAGGAUACGCGGAGCGUAUCAUGGAGCCACCGCAAACUGAUCGCACCUGGUUUUUGCCGCACUUCAGUGUUUUCAACCUGAAUAAAGGAAAAGGAAGAGCCGUUUUCGACUGUGCGGCGAAAAGUCUUGGAAAUAGUCUGAAUGACUAUAUUUUGUCGGGACCGGAUCUACUACAAAGUCUACUGGGAAUUUUGUUACGAUUCCGCGAAUGGAGUUUCGCGGUAACUGCGGAUAUUCAAGAAAUGUUCCUGCAAAUACAGAUGAGACCCGAAGACCAGCAAAGCCAGCUCUUCUUGUGGCGCGGUACUAGAAGAGAUAUGGAACCCCGAGUAUACAAGCUAAAUCGAGUAUGUUUCGGCAACGUGUCAUCGCCUUUCCUUGCGCAUUCCGUGCGUAAUAGGAACGCGCUCGACAACAGAGAGAAAUAUCCGGACGCGGUCUACGAUAUUCACAACAAUCAUUAUAUGGACGACUACGUGGCAUCGUACAAGACUGAAGAUGAGUUGCUGAAAAUAUCGAAACAAGUACGAGAUUCACACGCAGAAGGCAGUUUUCUCCUACGAGGUUACGCGAGCAACAGUGUCCGAAUGAUGGCAAGCGUCGAGCCCGAACUGCACGCACAAGAGCCUACUCAUCUAGGAGAAAAACAGCAAACUGUUCUGGGCAUGACAUGGGACCCUAGAACAGACACCCUGGGCUACAAUACGAAGAUGCUACGAGUACCCGAGGCUGUGAAGAUGUACGAGCGAGCGCCAACGAAGCGAGAAUUGCUAAGCGCAAUAAUGUCGAUAUACGACCCGAUGGGACUUAUCGCACACUUCGUCAUAAGUGCAAAAAUUAUAUUUCAAAAGGUGUGGACGAAAGGCACGGCGUGGGACUCACCGCUACCAGAUAAAGAAGCCGACGACUUUUUUCAUUGGCUGGAGGCGCUGAAAUACGUAUCAACUUUACGUAUACCAAGACAGUACGAGACACCGACGCGAGGUAUAAGAUAUACGCUACACGUAUUUACGGACGCAUCGAUAGAAGCUUACUGCGCCGUAGCUUACUGGCGCAUCGAGAAUGCGCAGCGAGAAGUUCGAGUCAGCUUGGCGGCGGGAAAGAGCAGAGUGUGCCCACUGAAAGUUAUUUCAGUGCCAAGGCUAGAACUAUCGGCGGCAGUCAUCGGAGUCCGGCUGGCGGAGACUAUUACACACGAACAGAGAUACGAGAUCGAGCAAGUUUACUACUGGACGGAUUCGCGAGUCCUACUAGGAUGGAUUCAGGACGACGCACGAAAUUAUAAGCCGUUCGUCUCACAUCGCUUGGCGGAGAUAACGGAGAAAUCGGAUCGGCAAGCGUGGAGAUACGUGCCAACGGACGAAAACCCGGCAGACCACGCUACAAGAGGCAAGCCUUCAAGGAGGGUCAGCAUCGACGACGAGUGGUAUAGAGGGCCGCUAUUUCUUCAUCGACCCGAGGCGGAGUGGCCAGCUCAGAAUAUCAUCGCGCAACCUAUUGAAGACCUACCUGAAAGAAAGAAUAUAGUCAAGCAAGAGACUAUACUGGCUACAACUACGAUAAAGGCAGAUCCAUCGAGUGUAUUACCGGAUAUACAGCGAUUCAGCAAUUAUGACCGUUUGAUCAAUGCAACUGCAUACGUGUUGCUAUUCAUAGACAAGCUGAAGACGAAGAACAGAAGGUUACAACUUCAAGUUAGCCACUUGAAACGAGCAGAGCAGAUGUGGCUACAGAAUAGUCAACGCAGGAGCUUCCCCGAAGAGAUAAGGACUUUGAACGCUGGGCGCGAGUUAGAGAGGAAGUCACGUCUAUUCACACUAGCACCCGAGCUAUGCAACGACGGCGUGCUGCGUAUGAAAACAAGACUAGGAAGCGCUCCUGUAUUAUAUUCGUCAUUACAACCGAUAAUAUUAGACGGAAGAGACUCAUUCACAAGAUUGAUGAUUCAACGAGUACAUCGGCGAUCUGCACACAUACAUAAUGAAGCCGUCAUAAACCAGCUACGACAGGAGUAUUGGAUAUUACAAUUGCGACCGACAGUGAAAGCAGUAGUACGAGACUGCGCGCUAUGCAAACUACGACGAGCUUCACCUCGAGCACAGCCGCUAGGAAACCUACCCCCCGAGCGACUACAAGCCUACCGACGACCAUUCACUUUCACCGCUCAAGAUUACCUAGGACCCAUGCACGUGACAAUAGGCCGACGACGUGAAAAGCGCUGGGUGUGUCUGUACACAUGCCUAGCUACGAGGGCUAUACAUCUCGAAACCGUACAUAGCCUGUCUACAGAUAGCGCUCUACUAGCACUAAGGCGCUUCGCGGCGAGAAGAGGAUGGCCGAGCGUUAUGUACAGUGAUAACGCAACAUGUUUCAAGGCAGCGGCAAACGAGCUACGCGAGGCCUACAAACAAUGGCUUCCACAGUUGCAAGCUUACGGCGUACAUCAACGGAUGCAAUGGAAGUUCAUCCCACCCGGCAACCCAUCUGCAGGCGGAGCGUGGGAGCGUAUGGUACGCACCGUAAAGACAGCGAUGCUCUAUACAUUCAACACGCGAGCACCGAAACAAGAAGUUUUCGAAACACUACUUACUGAAAUUGAAAACAUCGUCAAUAGAAGACCUCUAACACAUGUGAACGUCGAUCCCGAUAGCGAAGAAAGUCUCACACCGGCACACUUUCUUUUGCUACAUAAUGCCAACUUACCUAUGGUUGGUGCCUACGAGGAAAACGAGACACGACAGUGGAAAGCUGCCCAGGCGCUAGCCGACCACUUCUGGCGGCGCUGGACCAAGGAGUACUUCCCACUGCUGGCACCACGCAAGUCGUCUGACGAUGGAGGGCGGCAGCUCCAGCCGGGAGACGUGGUCAUCGUGUCCGAGCCUAACGGACCACGCAGCGUGUGGCCUAAGGGAGUCGUCGAGACCAUCUACCGAGGACCCGACGGACGGGUUCGCUCCGCAGACAUCCGGACAAGGCACGGGACGCUGCGCAGGCCGAGCUGCAAGCUUGCAGUCAUCGCGUCGCAACCCACUGCACCAGGAGUCUUCGACUGCGGGGACUAA